AUGUCUUUGCUUGAUCAAAAUUGGGGUGCCAGUGGUAGUGCUGAAGACGAAGCACACGAUGAGAAUCAACAAGGUCGACAAGUUUUGACAUCUCGUGAUGGAACGUUAAUGCUGAUUGAAUGUGCUCCACAAAUGUUUGAACCUCUAGCUAAUCAAAUGAAACAGGACUCAGCUAUGGAUGACGACGAUGAAGAUGCACAACUGACAACCGGCUUUCAAUUAGUUCUCCGUGCUUGUCAACGUUUCUAUCAAUCAAAAAUCAUAUCCAAUGACAAAGAUCUCAGUGGCAUCAUUCUUUAUGGCACGGAGAAUAGUCUCAAUGCAUUCGAUUUCAAACAUAUUUACAUUCUUCAUGAAUUAGCACAGCCAUCAGCUGAACGUAUCAUUCAAUUAGAAACACUGUCAGAUAAAAGCACUUACAAAACUAAAUAUGAUGAAUUGUUUGGUUCAACACAAGCAACAGGUUAUUCACUAAAUGAAGCUUUAUGGACAUGUUCAAAUUUAUUCUCCAAUUCCCCGCAACGUUUGACAAUUAAACGUAUUUUUAUAUUUACGUGCAACGAUCAACCACAUGCAUCGAAUCUAACACUCGAACGGCAAGCAAAACAACGCGCUAAGGAUUUAAACGAUGUCGGAAUUCAAUUAGAAGUCUUUCCAAUUUUAACUGAAACAAUUCCACGAUUCGAUUUUAAAAAGUUCUUUCAAGAUGUCGUGAUGUUAAGUGAUGAAGAUUUAGAAAUCCGAAACAAUCAAGAACCAACUGGACGAUUAAGCGAAUUAUUAAAAUUUGUCUACUCGAAAGAACACAAGAAACGUGCUUAUUGUACUGUGCCAUUUACACUAGGCAAAGCAGCAGAUGGCACGCCAUUGGAAUUCUCUGUAUCGGUUUAUAACAUGGUUCGUCCUUGUCCGAAACCAACCAAAAUCAAAUUAGACAUGAAAACUAACUUGGAAACGAAAAUUGUUACUAAACACUAUCUUCCUGAAACAGCGGAAAUUCUCAUGCCGUCAGAUAUUCAGUAUGGUUUAGAUGUGUCUAGUCGCCGUGUUUUAUUUGAUGCAGAUGAAAUCAAAGCAAUCAAGAAAUUUGCUGAUCCCGGUUUCGAAUUACUCGGCUUCAAAAGUCUUUCGUGUUUAUUACCACAUCAUUAUUGUAAACCCGGUCAUUUCAUAUAUCCCGAUGAGAAAUACGUCGAAGGAAGUUCGUGUUUAUUCAAUGCAUUGUUAAAGAAAUGCUUAGAAAAGAAAAUGUUUAUCUUAUGUCAAUUUUCUGCUCGCCGAAAUACACCACCACGCCUUGUUGCGUUGAUAGCACAAGAUGAAGAAAUCAAUAAAAAGAUCAAAAAUGAUCGGAUAGCAUCGAACGGCUUUCACGUUCAUUAUCUGCCCUAUGCUGACGACAUGCGUACAUUACCGAAAAACGAUACAAUACGUGCGUCUAAUGAUGAAGUUGAACUAUUCAAAAGUGUGAUACGUGGUUUGAAAUUUAAAUAUCGUCCCGAUAAAUUCGAAAAUCCUGCAUUACAAACACUAUGGAGAAGUAUCGAAGCAACUGCUUUGAAUAAAGGUGAACCCGAUGAAUUUGUUGAUUUAACGGUUCCAAGUGUCGAAAAUCAAAAUCGUAAAGUAGCUGGAUUUAUCGACGAAUUAAAACAAAUGAUUUUCCCACCUGUUUACAGACAAUGGAGUUUUAUUUUUAGAAACGUUGACGCAGCUGCUUCACCCGGUGGUAUGAAAAAAUCAAAAGCUGAUGAAGAUGUUGAUGUCGAAGCAGCAGCGAAAAGUAAUUUGUUAAGUAAACUAACUGUUCCAAUGUUGAAAGAUUACUGCAGAGAUAAGAAAUUAAAAGCAUCAGAUAAAAGCACACAUCACAUACUCAAGCCCAUUUUGUCGCAGUCUUCGUUUAUGAAUACGAAGAAGCGACUAAACCAGCAAAUCAUAGUGACUGACAGCGCAACAUAUAUAAUUAUGUCGAAUAAUACACAAUCCAAGAAAGAAUCAGCAUUGAUCGCAGAAAACGGCCCAUGGGCAGCCGUUGGUGAACAUCCUAAUGCAAUCACGAAUCGUUUUUACACGUAUGAACGAGUUCAAGAAAUUGUUGCAUUCAUUCAAAACAUCGUUCCAGCUAAACCCGAAGUUGCCAUUAUCUGUGGCUCUGGUCUUGGUGGCCUGGCAGAGUUGGUCGUUGACAAAGUUGUUAUACCAUACGCUGAUAUUCCAAAUUUUCCAAGAUCAACAGUUGCUGGCCAUCGAAGCAAUCUCGUCUUUGGCAUCUUAAAUGGAAUUAGUGUUGUUUGCAUGCAAGGUCGGUUUCAUCCUUAUGAAGGAUACACCACAGCAGCGUGCGCUUUUCCUGUGCGAGUCAUGCAAAUGCUCGGAGCGCAUACAUUGAUCGUUACAUGUGCUGCUGGUGGUGUCAACAAAUCCUAUCGAGUUGGUGACAUCAUGUUAAUUAAAGAUCAUAUCAACUUUCCUAGCAUGGCUGGUAACAAUCCACUCAUUGGCCAUAACGAUGAAAGAUUUGGUAAGAAAAUUAGACCGCGUUUUCCACCUGUUGGCCAUGCAUACGAUCGUCAGUAUGCUUCUCAGAUGAAACAGGUUGCUGCUAAACACAAUAUUGAAUUACGCGAAGGAGUUUAUUGUGCAUUAGGUGGACCAUGUUAUGAAACCAUAGCAGAAAUCAACCUACUUAGGGUGCUCGGUAUCGAUGCAGUUGGCAUGUCGAUUGUGCAUGAAGUUACGUUAGGUGCCCAUUGUGGCCUUCGCAUGCUAGGCUUGGCAUUGAUCACGAAUAAAUGCCUGUUCGAAUAUGAUUCAACUAUUGAAGCUGUUCAUGAAGAUGUCAUUCGCAUCAGUGAAUUGAAAGCCAAUGAAUUACAACAACUCAUAUUAGAUUUUGUGGGUGGCAUUAAAACCAAUAAAACAUAA